AUGGCUGGCAAUGCAGAGAAGGCCAUGGCAGCCUUGGCAAGAUUUCGGCGAGCCCAGCUUGAGGAAGGAAAAGUCAAGGAGCGAAGGCCUUUCCUUGAAUCAGAGUGUAAAGAGCUGCCCAAAACUGAGAAAUGGAGGAGACAGAUUGUUGGGGAGAUUUCCAAGAAAGUGGCACAGAUCCAAAACACUGGAUUGGGUGAAUUCAGAAUUCGGGACCUGAACGAUGAAAUCAACGAACUUCUGAGAGAGAAAGGAUACUGGCAAAACCGAAUAAAGGAGCUGGGAGGUCCUGAUUAUGCUAGGAUUGGCCCAAAAAUGUUAGAUUGUGAAGGGAAAUAAGUUCCAGGAAACAGAGGCUACAAAUACUUGGGGGCUACAAAGGACUUGCCAGGAGUUAGAGAGCUUUUUGAAAAGGAGCCCCUGCCACCCCCAUGGAAGACUUGGGCUGAGCUUAAGAAGGACAUCGAUGCUGAGUACUAUGGCUACGGGGAUGAAGAUGAUGGGAUUCUGGAGCCCCUGGGGCAGGAACAUGAGAAAAAUGUUAUAGCAGAAGCAGUGGAAAAAUGGAAGAUGGAGAGAGAAGCACGACUUGUAAGAGGUGAGGAGGAGGAAGAAAAUAUAUAUGCUGUCCACGAGGAAGAGUGUGAUGAGGAAGGUGGCAAGGAGAGAGAAGGUGAAGAUGGCCAACAGAAAUUUAUUGCACGUGUUCCAGUGCCAACUCAACCGGAGAUUGAGAAAGCUCUUGUACGAAGAAAGAAGAUGGAGCUGCUCCAGAAGUAUGCCAGUGAAACCCUUCUGGCACAGAGCAAGGAGGCAAAGACACUUUUAGGAUUGUAA